CACAGAGGAAGUGAGCUGUGUAAAAGGACCCACCACCCACAUGUGUUCUCCUUCCUGUCUCCACCAGCUUCCCUUCCUCUCAAUCAUUAGCUUCCCUUUCUCUCCUCCUCCUCCUCAGAUAGAAAGUAAAUAAGAGAAUCAAGAAUCAAGAACCACCAAUUCUUCUUUCAAGAAUCUACUCAAAACAUGUCAAACAACAACGAAGAAGCUCUUGUCGUGAAGAAACCUCCGGUGAAAGAUAGACACAGCAAAGUAGACGGAAGAGGGAGAAGGAUACGUAUGCCUAUCAUCUGCGCAGCUCGUGUCUUCCAGCUAACGAGAGAGCUUGGCCACAAAUCAGACGGUCAAACUAUAGAGUGGCUACUACGUCAAGCCGAGCCUUCAAUCAUAGCCGCGACAGGAACCGGUACAACUCCGGCUAGUUUCACCACCGCGUCAGCCUCUGUCCGAGGAAGCUCCACCAGCACCACAAACUGCACUUUGUCCUCGUCGUUAGACCAUAAGCCUUUGCUAGGUUCCUCACCGUUUAUACUCGGAAAACGUGUGAGAGCCGACGAGGAGACACCAGCUGGAUUCUGGGCGGUUCCGGCGAGGCCAGAGUUCGGACAGGUAUGGAGCUUUGCCGCAGGAGGUCCACAAGAGAUGUUCUUACAACAACAACAACAACAAGCAGCUGCUCUUUUUGUCCACCAGCAGCAACAGCAACAGGUUGCUAUGGGUGAAGCUUCAGCAGCUAGAGUUGGGAACUAUCUUCCGGGUCAUCUUAAUCUGCUUGCUUCUUUAUCUAGUGGAGUUACUGGGUCGGGUCGGAGAGAGGAGGAUGAACAGCGUUGAUGCCUUUUUGGUGAAGUUAAACCUUUUUUUAGUUUUGGUAUAUUAAUAUUAAUAUAUGUUUCUCUAUUGGUCAUACAUCAAUUUCUUGCAUUGUUUACUCGAGUAGCUUUAUAUCUCUCUCUAUCUAUGUGUGUGUUUUAGACUUUUAGUAUUAGUUUUUAGUGAUUGGUUGAUUGAUUCAAUGAGUGUUUUGAGUGUAUCGAUAGUGUUUUUAAGUUAAUAUUAGGGUUAGGGUUUAAGAAUCUGAUCUUAAGAGUUGUGUUGGAGAGGUUUUUUUUUGCCUUUGUUGGGACCAAAGUUUACUUUAGUAUCUCAUGUAGGGUAAUUAAAAAAACCGUGGAGGUUCUUUUUAUCCCUUUUGUCUGUUUUUUUCCGGCGAAACAGAACCGUCGUCAAGAUUCUUGAUACUAUUUUAUAGUUUGGUAAUGUGUUACAACAAUUGUGGUGAUAAUAUUUGCGCAAGCUGGUACCCACUUUGUUUCUUAAUAAAUGUUAGAGACUUUGUAUGUGUUUGGUUUCUUUCGUUGCAUCUAGUGAGAGACAAGAGCUUUUACGUGUGUGAGUGUGAUUGUUUCACUGAAACCGAAUAUGGAGGAUGAACAUGCUACCGUAACUUUUUUCCUUUGGAAAAUAUAUGUAUUUUUGGUUUCAGAGAAUUAAUCUAUACUAUUAUUUAAGAAGUAAAUUUGCUUAGUUGUCAUGUUCUCCAUAAAUUUAGGUACUUUUGUUUAUUUAUCAUAUUUUUAAUAUUUAUAUAUAAUUUAUUUAAAAUAAAACGAAUUUAUAUGAUAUAUUAUAUUUUUAAAAAAUAAGAUAAUUUUUGUGAUUUAUGUUGUUAUCUUGAACUAAAUUUUCAUAUAUAAAACUUAAAGUUUAAAUUAAGAUAUAAAAAUUAUUAUAUUUA